AUUCUAUUCAGAAGAACUAGCACGUCUUUUCCUCUCUCUCUCUCUAUUUCCAUUACGUAUUUUGUCGUUGAAACACAGAUCAAAGCAGAGAUUGAAUUUGCAGCAAAAAUGGAAGGAAACAACUCGUAUGAGGCAUCAUGGGCAGACCAGUGGGACUACAGCAACCCAGAUCCUGUCCCUGCCGGCGCCAACACCUCCGCCAAGAAUAACUCAACCACAGCAAAGUACAAACAGAAGGUCGGAGAAGGCCUCGGAAAGACCAAAGCUGUGGCUUCUACUGGCGUCAAGAAGGUGAAGGAAGGUACUUCCUCCGGCCUUCGUUGGAUCAAGGACAAGUAUCAUAAAACCACCCAGAAGCACUAGUAUACCCAUAUCAGAUCGCCAUCGUCAAUCUCAGUACUCCCCCUGGCCUGCACAUCACGGCCUACCUUUUGAUCUUUUUCUUUUUCCUUUGUAGUUUGAUUGUGUACACACACACACAUAUGUAUUGCUUCUUUCCUCUAUUAAUCAUUUAUUCAUGUGUAUCAUACA